AUGGAUAAGUCCGCUGAAAUGGGCAUCUCUUUGGUGGAGUAUCGGCAGAAGAUGGCCAGCGCCAAGCUGGUUGGAGCUCUGGUCUACAUGGACAUGGGCAGGGUCAAUGUCGAGCCAAGCUCCGUGUACGGUGCGGCUAUUCUGAUGCCACAGGUAGCCCGGACGGCGGGAUGGCCACGGUCAAUGGCAAGACCCGUCCUCCAGAGCUACUUCUACCUUUACGUUUGCAUGCUCAUUCAUGGCGCUUUGCUCUGCUAUAUUCGCAAGGAGCAGGCAGUGAUGGACCUCUUUGCAGGGCAGAUGUACCUCUGCGAUUUCGGGGCAAACCUUAACGCUUGCACCGCGGACCCCAACGCCGAAGGCUGCACUGGGCCGGCUGGUGGCAGCGUCACGGCACCCCGGCUCUACGGCUGGAGUGCCUGGCAAACACGCAGCUUCGUGGCAGCUUCCCUAAAGGCCCUCUUCCCGGACAAGGCAGACGACAUCAGGAGCAGUGUCGACCCUGGCGAGUAUGGUGUUGAGAGCUACAACUGCCGGCUUCUAUGUUGUUUGGUGUUUGUCAUCAGCAUCGGACAGGAGGCGCACAACAUCAUGCAGAUGGCCAGACUUCUGUAUUACGUGCCGUCUACUGACGAGCCUUGGUAUGAGCUGGGCGAGGAGGAGGAAGACGAAGCGCAGGAGAGUAUGGAGAAGUGGCUUGGGCAGGUCACCGUGCAGGUGGCUGGAAUGUCGAG